AUGUCUUGCGACUGGCUGCUCAUAAGCGGUGGUUACUGCGCUUUGGCUUAUGUGUUGUACAAAGUAGUUAUGGCAGUGUAUAACAUCCUUUGGCCAUAUAUCAUUGCACCACCCAUUGAUUUGCAUGCUGCAGCUGGAGCCAAUUGGGCAGUCGUCACUGGUGCAACGGACGGAAUCGGAAAGGCAUAUGCGUUUGAAUUGGCUAAGAAAGGUUUUAACAUCUACCUUGUUUCCCGUACACAAGCCAAACUUGACGACGUUCAAAAAGAAAUUCGUGAAAAGUACGACAAGGUCGACGUGAGGACAUUUGCUUUUGAUUUUUGUAAUGGAUCUUUGGAAGCAUAUAAACCGCUUUUGAAAGCUUUGAAUGAAGUAGACAUUGGAGUACUUAUCAACAAUGUUGGAAUGAGCUACGAAUAUCCGGAGCGAUUGCACAAAGUUGAAGGAGGCAUUGAACGAUUGGGACAAAUCACUACAAUCAAUACACUUCCACCUACUAUGUUGACGGCUUCUUUGUUGGAACAAAUGCUCUCACGGAAGAAAGGCGUUGUUGUGAACGUUUCUUCAGCUGCCAGCUACAACUACAUGCCAUUAUGGGCUGUUUAUUCCGCAACGAAGAAAUAUGUAUCGUGGUUCACCGAGAUUCUCCGCCUUGAAUACGCUGGCUCUGGAAUCAUAUUUCAAACGAUCUCGCCAAUGAUGGUGGCCACAAAAAUGAGCAAAGUACGCAGAACGUCUUACUUCACUCCAAGCGCUGAGAAAUUUGCUGCUGCUGCCGUAAGAAGUAUUGGCCUGGUUAGCGAGACCACUGGUUAUAUGUCACACCAAAUCCAGCAAGAGCUGUGCAACUUCGUUCCAAAGCCCAUCUUUAAAGUCAUGAUCUUGAAGUUCAGCGAAAACACUCGCGCAGCUGCUCUCAGGAAGAGAGCAAAAUCUCAGUAAUCUCGCCGUGUUGCUCAAUAUGUGUUGUGCGCUACACCUUUCAUUAGUAUUAGUGCGCAGGAAUAAUGUUCAGAUUUAUCGUUGUUGGUGCAAGUUUAUUUGUACGAAAUCUACUUAAUUCGCAAAUAUUUUGCAUUUGACAAUGAAAUAAUUUUUUUCUGUCUUGGUAAAAAGAAACAGCAGCGCUUGGAUAUUGGACAUUCAUAAUCUAGAG